CAAUAAAGUAGUCAGUUGCAUUCAUAGAUGUAACAAUAUAAUUAAUCUAAACGUGGAGUUAGACUAAAAGCACAAAGAGAACAGAACAAAGGUUAGAAUAUAGAAACACAUACAUAUGUAGGUUUAUAUUAAAUGAAUCGCAUACAAAUUGUUCGCGAAUAUAUUGACACAAAAAUAUUCUUUGCGCGCUUACACUAGCAAUCGAAGGAGUAAGAGAUUAACGAAAAUUCGCGUGCUUAGUCUAACUCCACCUUAAAACUCGAUUGCCCUUUGUUUACUAAUGACGCAUACGGCGUACCCAAGACGCGAAGUCGUUUACCUUCCGAGCGGCGAGACGGCCGCCAUGUGCGUAGAUGCGUGAGCGCACGGCGUCGCGCCAACCAGACACAACGAGCCCGCGGCGGCGCGCGGACGAUGCCGCACUGGUUGCCGGCGGCUAUAUUCCUUGUCGUAGCCACUCACGCCUGGCGACCACCACACGCGCGUCUGUCAACCCGCUCGCAACUGAGGUCUAACAGCACCACCCGUCAUCUCCACCUCUUAGGUUGGCACUUGGAGCUGCAGGAAAACCGGGCUAUACGUUCCCCUUAUUACAAAGAGUGUCGGUUCUACAGAGGGCGUGUGUUAUUCGAAGAAGAGUCGUCCGUGACGGUAACAGAAUGCGAAGGUCAACUAUACGGGCUGCUGCAAAUAGGUAAAGAGGAGUUUGUGCUGCAGCCUACGAGGCCUGGAGGCGACCAUGUGUUGCGGCGUCGCGAUGUGCUGCUGUCCGAGCGGCCGACUGCGUACAAUCUCACAGGAGACACGGUCACUGAACUUGAACUUGAGUUCGAGGAAAAUUAUGAAUCGAUGCCAUAUGUGAGCAUAGGACACAGUGAUGACUCGGACACUGAGUAUUUUCACGAUAUACAACAGCCCAUCACAAGACCAAUUUCAGGUGUGAAGGGACUGUGGCUCGAGAUGGCGAUAGUGGCUGAUCAUACUAUGUUGAAGUUUCACGGUAGGGAACGAGUGGAGCACUACAUUUUAGCUUUAAUGAAUAUCGUCAGUGCCAUCUUCAACGACCCAUCAAUGGAUUCAAACAUGACACUUGUUAUUAACAAACUAUUUCUGAAUGAAGAAAAAGACUCCAUAAUAAAAUAUGGCAAUGUCAAAAAAUCCCUGGAAGCAGUCAACAAGUGGAAUUACAGACAUCUAAAUAAAUUACCCAGAGGUACGACAGGCUGGGACGUAGCAGUCUGGCUGACUAGAGUACCACUCGGUGGACCCUCGGGUUUCGCCCCCGUUGGAGGAGUCUGCUCCAGCAUGCGUUCUGCAUCUAUCAACCGAGAUGAGGGCCUCACUAGUGCCUUCGUCAUUGCGCAUGAACUUGCCCACUUAUUGGGAUUAACCCACGACGGAGAUGAACAAUGUGCGAAAGAAGCGCAUAAUGGCACAGUGAUGGCACCUACAGUUUUGGCCACUCUCCAAAACUUCGCGUGGUCCAGCUGCUCAAGAGAGCAAUUUCAUGAGAAAUCCAAAAAAUGGUGGUGCCUCCAUGAACGUAGCCAAGACAAAGGAGUGGAGCUGGGAGGUGCUAAGGAAUUAUCCAAUUACGUAUUCACUAUGGACGAGCAGUGUAGGACCGAAUUUGGAGAAGGGUAUUCAGUAUGUAGAACAGUAAAAGUACGAUCAGCUUGCUCGCGACUGUGGUGCGCCCACCGCGCUGUGCCACAUGUCUGCCGGACCAAACGCGCUCCACCUUUGGAAGGCACGCCUUGUGGAAAUAAUCGGUGGUGUGUAGGUCGUGUCUGCGAGCCAAUGCCUGGUCACGUGGUGGAUAAGGAAAAGGUGGUAGCGCCCACAUCAGAAUGGAGUGAAUGGAGUGCAUGGAGCCAAUGCACUGCCACGUGUGGAUACGGCCUGCGUACGCGCAAUCGCUUAUGUCAGAUAAAGGGUACUUCUGGUUCGGAGAGUGCGUGUGAGGGGCCAAGCUCGCAGGUUAUGUCUUGCUGGGCGGACGCCGGCGCCUGUAAAGUACCCCAAGAUGUACGAGCUGAUCUCUGCCUUCAGCAAUCCAAACGGUUAAUACCACACGUGCAUGCUGAAGAAUCUAGACAAUGUGAAUUAUGGUGUGUGGAUGUUAACGGAAAAGAACAUACCUCCUAUGGUUCUCUAGAAGAUGGUUCACCAUGCGGCUAUGAAAGGCCUUAUGAUGUUUGUUUUCAAGGCACUUGCGUGAGAGGGCAGUGUAACUCUACAGACCCGACGUGCAACUGGUGUCCCGACGGGUACUGCAACAACAACACUUAUUUACACACAAGUGUUGUAAAAGGUUGGACAGAAAUGGCGUCUAUUCCUCGCAACGCUCAGCAGCUCUCUUUUCAAAUCACUACUCCCGUAGCUUUACGUGUUAUAUUUAAAUGGAAGUGGAGACGAGACGAACACCUCAUAGAAUUGAGCAAGCACUCCAAAUGGGUCGCACUGAAUCACCCACAAUACAACGACGUGGGAUAUGACCCCAAUGUGCCGCAAAAUCUUCAAAUUGUUCAAGUGGACAUACAAGAACGUCUAGUGGGCUCUAUUGUAGCAGCAGGAGCUAUUAUACAAUGGCAACAGACGGACUCAAAAAUAAACAUAACCUCUCAAUCGAAGCUACAAACAGAAUUGAUCAUAAUGGCGGCCCCAGAGAAUCCCGCAUAUAAGAUUUUUACAGUGGAGAUUUCCGAGAAUUACAGCACGCCCGCGGGACGAACGCGCCCGUACGAAUACAGGCACAGACUGGAGCGCGGCCCGUGCUCGGCGUCGUGCGGCGGCGGCGUGCGCGCGGUGCGUGCGCGCUGUCCACGUGGCCGACCAUGUGCGCCCACCACGCAUGAACCCUGCAACACGCACAGCUGCGACUUCACUUGGCGAACUGGUGAGUGGGAAGAGUGCAGCGCUACAUGUGGUGAAGAGGGGGUACAAGAGAGACAGUUGUAUUGCGUAUUGUCUAGUUUAAGUUUAUCAUCAAGAUUGGAUCUAAUUAGACACAAUGUGUCCCCGACCCUGUGUCCUGCUCAGAAGCCAAAUAAACAACAACCGUGCAAUCGCCUACCUUGCCCAGUUUACUGGCAAGAAAUGCCUUGGACACCGUGUUCAACAACAUGCGGUCGCGGGAUAUCGCGACGUCCUUUGAUAUGUCCUGCUGCGGACCAGUCGCUCUGUGGUCCCAAACCUCACGAGCGGCACCGUCGCUGCCGUCAACGACGCUGUCCGUCCCCCACACGAGCUGCCACUUGCCCCAAACCUGACUCGGAGUACUGCCAACACUACGAAUUACCUAGACUCUGUGUACUAGCACCAUUUAGACGACACUGUUGUAACGCCUGCAAAGAAUAUCACCACACACACCAUAGAGGAGAUGGAUAAAAGAUUGUCAGUUCCACUUGGUUAUAUCCACAUAAAUGCAAUGUCUAUGUAUUGACAAAUAUAGUAUAUAUUAGUUUUGUUUCAAUAUACCCAAGCUUCUAUGUUCAUACCGUUACUAGGUGAAAUUUAAAUAAUUAUCACAUUAAGCGAUACUCUACCAGUGAAACUGAUUUUUUUUCCAAAGAGAUAUUUGUAAAAAAAGCAAUGCGAGUCAUAAACGGUACAAUUCGGGUACAAAACUUCCUUAAAAAUAUUCAAAUAUUUCGAUUUUAUCCAGUGCUUCAAAAUUUCUUACACUUGCAAAGUUAAUUGGAGGGCCAUCUCUGUUUAUGAGUUAUCUUUAUAUCUCUGUAUAUCAUUAUAUACUUAUCUAAUUUAUCUUUACUUAUAAUAAAGAUUUUUAAAGAAACUCUAAAAAUAUAACUAAUUAUUUUUAUAUCUAUUAUACAAUAUAUCUCACAUUGAAACAGUAUAAUUGAGUAUAAAUAUUUUAAAUAAUAAAUAAAGUAAUAAAGUUCCAUUAAGCUGUCAUAACACGAACAGUGAAAUAAAGUUCUAAAGGUACUAAGAGCUUAGAGAAAGAGCUGUAAUAGUUCAGUUUAACAAAAUAAAUAUUUUAUACAAUAAUAUUAAAACAGGUAGUUUUGGUUUAAAAUUGUUAGAAAAUGAGUUCAUACUGACUCUUAAUGAUUUCACUGAAAUUAAAAUAGUUAAUAAUUCCAAAUUAAAAUAGUUACUGAUGAAUAGCACUUUUAAAAAUAAGGCUUCAGAAUCAACUACAUUAUCACUUAGGUAUUAUUCAUUAUGAAAACAAUUACUUGGAUCAAAGGUCAACUUCAAUAUGAAGACGCGGCGUCAAAGUCACUUUUCAAUAAUAGAAGUAACCAAAUGAUUGAUAUUUUUCGAUAUUGUACUACAAACAAGGCAUAUUUACAUUAUGUUAUUUUAACCAGUAUUGACUAUAAUUUUUAUUGUCUCGCAACAAAUUAAAUAUUUAUAAGUAGUGUAAACAAAAAACGAAGUGCCAUAAUAUAUCGUCCAUACACUUCUAUGGUUAAUAAAUAUAAUAUUAUUCUUACAA